AUGAAUGUGAACCAUCAACAUCCAAGCGAAGCCGCAAAGCUUCGGCUCCCACAACAAAUCUAUUUCCGAGUGAUAGCUGCAUUUUUUGUUACAAGAAUCGAAAAUGGAUUUCUUCGAAAAAAAAAAAAGUACGAUAUUCCUACCAAAUGUGUUACAAAAAUAGCGGGGUUGUCCAUUAUCCAAGCUGCAGAAGCGAAAUCAGAUGACAGAUUUUUAUGUGAAUUGAAAGUUGUAGAUUUCAUAGCUCGUGAAGUGCACUAUCAUAAUUACUGUCGUGAGGAAUACACAAGACUUCCGGAUAGGCGACUCCAUGCCACUCCAGAAAGCGAGUUACUUGCGCAGCAAAAGGUACAUAUAGAAGCAUUUGAAAAUUUAAAGAACUAUGUCCGGAAAGCAUCAUUCUAA